AUGUCCGGCCGCACAAACUGGUCACGGCUUGUGAUCACCCUGGCCGCUCUGCUGGGCUGUCUCUUCUGGGCCGCCCCGCGUCCGGGCACUGCCCUUCCCCUGGAUGACUAUCUCAACAAUGGGGAUACCACCUACAAUUGGGAAGUGGCCAGCGUCAUUCCCCACGCUUCACUUGGCUACAGCCUCUACAUGUUGAAGCUCACCUCUCAGACCUGGCUCAACUCCAACAUCACUGACACCCCGGUCUGGGAGCACUGGCUGCGUGUUGCCGUCCCCAAGAACAUCAAGACCGACCUGGCUGCCCUGUACAUUGGCGGCGGGCGCAACCCCCUGGGCAACCCCCCCGAGGAUAUGGAGGCCUUCCUCCCCCCGAUCGCCGUGGAGAACGGCAUGAUUGUUGCCGAGCUUAGCCAGGUUCCCAACCAGCCGAUUAUCUUUGCCGAUGAGGACUUCGGCCGCUCGGAGGACUCCUUCCUGGCCAAGACCUGGAAGAUCUUCAUGCGCACCAACGAGCCCUACAUUGUCGGGCGCUUCCCCAUGGUCAAGGCGGCUGUCCGGGCCAUGGACGCCAUCCAGGAGUUCGCGGCGCAGCGCGUGCCGACCGCCCCGAGCGUCGAGCGCUUUGCCGUGGUCGGCGCCUCCAAGCGCGGGUGGGUGAGCUGGCUGACCGGCGCGGUGGACUCGCGUGUUGUGGCCUCGGCCCCGAUCGUCAUCGACGUCCUGGACAUGUUCAACAACUUCAACAACAUUUAUCAGACCUACGGCCGCUGGCCACUGGCCCUGAAUGAUUACACUGAGGCCAACAUCACUCAGUGCCUCAACUGCCCGGCCUUCGAGCGCCUGGCCGACGUCGAGGAUCCCCUGGUGUACAUCGAGCGGUACAAGGAGCGUGGCGUGCCGGUCUUCGCCAUCAACGCCGUGAGUGACGAGUUCUUCGUGCCGGAUGGCUGGAAGUUCUGGUACCCCUUCUAUGACGGCGAGAAGUACCUGGCUUACCUGCCCAACACCGAGCACUCGCUGGUCGGCCAUGUGCGCCAGGUGACUGAGACCCUCAGCAGCCUCAUGCACCUGCUCAUCUACGGCGGCGAGCGCCCGGUCUAUGACUGGUCCCUCGACCCGUCUGGCCAGCAGAUUGUCUUCCGUUCGGAGACUCGCCCGGUCUCGGUGAAGCUGUACCAGGCCCACAACAAGAAGGACCGGUCCUUCAUCCUGAACUGCUACCUCAAGUGCAAGUGGGUGCCCACCGAUCUGACGCCGGUCGAUCCGGAGCAGAAGGUCUGGGUGGCCAAUGUCGAGCUUCCGGAGACCGGGUACCGUGGGUUCUUCGUGCAGGCCGAGUAUGAUGUGACUGAUGCCACGAGCCUGGUCCCGCGGCACCAGGAGGUCACCGGCGCUGGCCCGGCCGGCAUUGUUGCCGGCACCACCCUCCCCGGCAGCGACGAGCGCAUCUUCACCGUCACCACUGGCGUGUCCAUCGUUCCGCUGGAGAUGCCCCACCCCCCGUGCGGCGUCGAGUGUGACGACUGCGCGGCCUGCUCGCCCAAUGGCGAGUUCGCGGAUUGGGAGUUCUUCACCGACCCGGCCCCGGUCUUCUAG